AUGGAUGCUAUUAUUUGGAAUGUAAGGUCUGUAAAUACGAUGCAAGCAUUUGAAAGGCUUGUAACAAUGCACAGAAAAUACCACUUUGAAUUUAUAGGGAUUUUAGAACCAAUGCAACAAUCAAGGAAAAUGGAGAAUUAUAGAAGGAGAAUUGGUUUGGCUACAGCAGUGGUGAACAUAUCCAAUAAAAUCUGGGCUUUUGUUGAUGAAGUAUAUGAAGUUACAAUUGUGUACAAUAUGGUGCAACAGCUCACACUUAGAUUAUUUCACACAGAAACUCACGUGGAACUCAUGCUUACAUUAGUGUAUGCAAAAUGUGAUGAGAUUGAGAGAAUUGAAUUGUGGGACUCUAUGUAUGCUAUGUCCCAAGAUAUGGAAGUUUCAUGGUUGGUAGGCGGUGAUUUUAAUGUUAUAUGGGAUGAAGAAGAGAAGUUUGGAGGUUUACCAGUCUCUUUAAAUGAAGUUGAUGAAUAUAGGCAUUGUAUAAAUACUUGUAACUUAACAGAUCUUGGCUUUAAAGGAAGCAUUUUUACAUGGUGGAAUGGGAGGGCAGAGGAAGAUUGGAUUUUCAAAAGGCUUGAUCGAUGUUUUGCUAACAUGGAAUUUCAGCAGUUGUUCCCUGGUUUAGAAGUUACUCAUUUACCUAAAAUAGGAUCAGAUCGUUGUCCAAUAUACCUGAAGUUUGACAUUGAAGCUACUCCUAUUAAGAAGCCUUUUAGGUUUCUAAAUUUCUGGGUAAAACAUGAUUCUUUUAAGGCAGUGCUUAAAGCUAAUUGGCAGGCAGACUUCUGUGCAGAUCCUUUCAUCCUUUUCAAUUACAAACUAAAGAAACUGAAGAAAGCUUUGUCUAGUUAG